GUCGGAAUCAUCAAGCCCGUCGUAUUUCAUUGUUUGAAUUACACACAGUAUAGUUAGCUCGAUAGUGCCCUAAUUACACGAGUUAAACUCGCUGGUUUAGAUAGAACUGAACUGAAACCUGGAACGUCGUUUCAAGUACCGCAGUAUUGCUAUCAUGUCAUAAUGAUGUAUACGUAUUAAGGUCGUCUCGACAAGCCCAGUCGGCUACGACUCAGCAAAUAUACUACUAGUACUAGAAGGAUACUACUAGGAUUUGGGACGACACACCGAGUCGCCGCCAAGCAGUGUAGUGUAGUGCAGUGCAGCAUAGCCACGAUAAAUCCCUGAAAUGUUUCUGUUGUGUCAACAAGUAGAUGGUGCCGUGGUGAUGUAAAUGUAGAGUAGUGCAUUAUGGGUACUAGACACUCGGUAUCCUGGUUUGACUGGAGAACUGCCAAGACGAGGCAGUCUAGUAACUACAAACAUAAAAGUACACCAAAUUACAACCAUAACUGGACUGAGUUGCACUAUGCCGCUAGUCAGGGCAACUUAGAAAAAUUACAAGAACUGUUAUCAAUACAAGGGAAACAAAACAUAGAUAGACAAGACUACUAUGGAAAGACUCCAUUAUAUUGGUCUGCUUAUAAAGGACAUAAAGACUGCAUAGAAGAACUAUUAAAGCAUGGUGCUGAUGUCAAUAGUCAAUGCAAACAUGGUUCAACACCCUUACAUGCGGUAUCUGGGCUAUAUCCUGAUUCCACAUUAUUACUUAUAAAGAAAGGUGCCGAUAUAGACAUUGAAGAUAACUGGGGAGUUACACCGAUGUAUCUUGCUGCUUGCAGUGGACAAAUUGAUUGUAUUAGAAUAUUGGUGUUGUCAGGAGCUAAUAUGACAUAUAGAAAUAUGAAAACUGGAGCGAUACCUAAACAGUUAGCUGAACACUACGAAUUUUUACAGUGGUUGAAACUCCAGUCACAAAAUGCACGGUCACUCAAAGAGCUGUGUCGUAAAUGUAUUCGUAAAACACUUGGAUAUCGACACAUACAUGAAGUGGGCACACUAGACAUUCCAAGCUGUCUCCAACACUAUCUACUACUAGAGGAAAUCAAUUGGAAUAUUAAAUAGCUAUUGAUCAAUAUUUUCUACCCAAUUUCAUAGAUCAUAUUUUCACGUAAUUUUUUAAUGUUAUUCAUAAAUUAUUUGGUUGAUAUAAAUUCUAUAAUAUCC